AUGGGAAAAAAUAAGAACAAGAAAAAUAAACAAAAUUCGCCAGGAGGAAAUAGAUUUGGUUCUGGGCCGUUUAAUAAAAAAUUUAAACAAGACAAGCCAAUGCAUAACAAUCAAGGAAUGAAAAAGGAUAAAGGCGCUGUUAAUGGCGGUAAUAAAGGAGGGGGUUUUAAUAAAAAGAAAGCCUUUGAUGGGGGAGAUAAAUUUGAAAAGCGUCUGAUGAAUGAAAAGUCUGGAGGUUUGUUUUUACGUUUUUCAGUGAGAAUUCUUGAAGUUUCAGUGAAGAAGGAUAUUAUUAAUGGUAAGAAUGAGAAUGUUGAGGUUCCAAACUUUCAAAAGCAACAGAAACACCCUAAGGAAAAUAAAAUGAAAAAUGAUGACUUUUCGCAACCUAACAAAAACUUUGGACAGAAGACUACUCCAAAUACGAGUAUUUCAUCUAUUAGGAAAGGUUUUGUUAAAUGUUCUACUUUACUUUAUUUUUUAGAAAGUCCCAAAGAAGCAUCCGGCAAAAAGAAAGUCAAAAUUGGAACUGAUUCUUCUCAUAAUGACAAUGAAAGGAAUGGGGAUGUUAAAAAUGAUUUGGUUAUUAAAAGCGAUGCUAAGGCAAAGCGUUUUGGUAGUCCUCGUGAAACUCCUCCUACAAAGCGGGUCAAACUUGAGACUUCAACCAACUCUUUUAGUAAAGACAAUGAAUUAAAUGGCAGUGCUAAAAAGGAUACAAAUAUCAAAAAAGAUGGAAAUGUCAAAGGUGAUAUUGGAGGGAAAAAGGACACUAAACCGAAAAGUUUAGUCAAAUCGAAUGUUGUUUUUGACGAGAAUGGCAGUAUUAAAGACUCGGACAUGGAGGAUGAAUCUGAUUUGGAAGAUCUUGAAGACGAAGAUGAUAGCGAGUUUUUGGGUCUUGAAGAUGGUGAGGAUGAUUCUUUGAUGGAUGAGGAGGACGAUUUUUCGAUUUUUGAUGAAGAGGAAGAUGAAAAGGACAGUGAUCCUGACACUUCUAGAGAAUUGGUCGACUUGAACAUUACUGGCUAUAAUAUUUCUACAAACACUUCAAAUUGUAUUGUUCUCAAUGCGCAGAAGGAUUAUUCUACAGCUGCAAACCCAUUUAAAUUGUUUAAAUUUUCUGCGGAUACUGAACAUUCUGUUCAAGUUGGAUUGAAAGUUUUGCAAUGGAUUUUAAGCCCAAUUGUUACUGAUACAUUUUUCAAUGACAUCUUUCAAAAACGUGUUCUUGUUUUGAAACGCGCUACAAAUGCUUAUUUUGAUGGAUUUUUUAAUACUGAGGAUUUUAAGGAUAUGCUUAAGAAUAAUAAUAUUCUCUAUGGAAAAGAUGUUAAUGUUGUCAGUUAUGUUUCUGGGGUUAGACAAACCCAUAAUCCAUUAAAGAAUGAGAUGCAACGCGCUACAAUCACGAGUGCUCUGCAACAUUUUCAAAAUGGACGUUCACUUCAAUGUGUUCAUCCUCAAGUUUUUAAUGACAAAAUUUGGUAUAUCUGUGAUGCUCUUCAAGAAGUUUUUUGUUCUUAUGUUGGAGCUAACAAUUAUUUAACUCCUGCUGGAACUGCUGGGUUUGCUCCACAUUAUGACAAUAUUGAUGCUUUUAUUUUGCAAACUGAAGGCCGUAAACAUUGGAAAAUUUUUGCACCGGAAAGUUUGGAUGAUACUUUGCCUCUCGAAUCAAGUGAUAAUUUAAAUGAAUCUGAUUUUAUGGAACGUGAACCAGUUUUUGAUGGAUGGUUGGAUCAAGGGGAUGUUCUUUAUGUGCCACGUGGAUUUAUUCAUCAGGCCAAUACUGGUCCAGACAAACAUUCUCAUCAUGUCACUAUUAGUAUUUGCCGUAAAUUCUCUUAUGCCCAAUUCUUUGAACAAGCAUCAAGCGAAUUUAUUUUAUUAAUGACGGAGAAAUCAAAACGUUUGAGAGGCGCACUUCCUCCGCACUUUUUUGAUAUGGGUGGUAUGGCUGAUAUUGCAUAUCCUAAUGAAGACUCAUUGAAUAAUAAAGUUAUUCCAUAUGCCAAAAUAUUUUCUCAAAAAUUCGCUUCUGACUUUUCGACUUAUAUUCCAGCAUUUAUCGAUUUGAUGGUUAAAGAUUUCAUGAAAACUGCACUUCCACCAUUGUUAAGCUCUGAAGAGCUUAAACAAACGUGUAUUGGAGGAGGUGGUUGUGACAAGUUUCUUGAAAAAGAGAAACAUCCACUUAUUGGACCAGAAACUGAAGUUCGUUUUGUUCGAAUGCAUGGACAAAGGUUAAUUUAUGAAGAUGAAGGUACUGCUUGUAUUGUGCAUCGUAUGAACAAUUCUCGGCGUUAUGAUGAAAACAAGGAAGAGCAGACUUUUGAUUUUUCUAAAGAGUUGGAGAAAGGAUACACAACUUUAUGUAAUUCUUAUCCGAAAUGGAAAACUGUUCAGUCUUUGGGUUGUGAUUCGCUAGAGAAGAAUAUUGAGUUGGCAACUUUGCUUUUUAAUAAUUGUGUGCUUAUGUUACGUCAAAAGGAGAAGAAAUAA